CAUGCUUUGCCCAAUAUACUGCUACAGUUCGAAAAGUUGCAAACGUCUUAGAGCUGGGUGGUCAGUAACACACAUACACUCUCUGCACAGCGUGGUCAACAGGUCAAGGCAUAGGGCUGCUUGUGAGACAGGCCGUCCGACAUCUAUCUUGUCGACAGUUUUGGUUAGCGGUGUUGGUUGAAGAUGUAUAUAAAGCAGAUUAUCAUCCAGGGCUUCAAGUCCUACAAAGACCAAACUGCCCUCGAACCCUUCAGCCCGCACCACAAUGUCGUCGUCGGCCGCAACGGGUCCGGCAAGUCCAACUUCUUCUGGGCCAUCCGCUUCGUCCUCAGCGACGCCUACAGCAACAUGACCCGCGAAGAACGCCAAGCGCUCCUCCACGAAGGCACAGGCCCGGCGACCCUCUCCGCCUUUGUCGAGGUCGUGUUUGACAAUUCCGAUCAGCGCUUCCCGACGGGAAAGACCGAGACUACGCUGCGACGCACGAUCGGGCUGAAGAAGGAUGAGUAUGCGCUGGAUAAGAAGAGCGUGCCGAAACAGGAGGUUAUGAGUUUGUUUGAGACCGCCGGUUUCUCGAGGUCGAAUCCGUACUAUAUCGUCCCGCAGGGGCGGAUCACGGCAUUGACGAAUGCCAAGGACGCUGAGCGACUGCAGCUGCUGAAGGAGGUGGCGGGGACGAGGGUGUAUGAGCAGCGGCGGACGGAGAGUCUGAAGAUUAUGGAAGAUACUGAUCAUAAGCGGGGGAAGAUCGAUGAGCUGUUGGAGGUUAUCGAGGAGAGGUUGAAUGAGCUAGAGGCCGAGAAGGAGGAGUUGAAGCAGUUCCAGGAUCUGGAUCGGGAGAGGAGGUGUCUGGAGUACACCAUCUACACCCGCGAACAGAACGAGCUGAAUGAGAGCCUUGAAGAACUUGAAGAGGCGCAUAGGAACGAAGUGGACGAUUCGAACCAGCGUCAACAGCUUUUGCACGAUCGUGAUGCGAAAAUCGCUACCAUUGACCGGCAGAUUCGGGACGUCAAGGGCCGGAUCACGCUUCUCCAGACGGAGCGUUUGCAGGUCGAGGAGGAUCGCGAGGAGUACAUCAAAGCGAAAGCGCAUCUGGAACUCAUUGUGAAGGAUUUGGAGGAGAAUGCGGUUUCGAAUGCGACCGCGAGGGAGAAGUUGGUGCAGGGCUUGCAGGCGUUGAAAACGAAAGUGGUUGAGAAGCAGGGGCAGAUAGAUACUAUUCGACCGCAGUUUGAGGAGGCUCUACAGCAAGAGACGGAUUUGACUGAGAGGAAAAACCUGGCUGAGUUGGAGCGUACGAACUUGUACGCUAAGCAAGGCCGCACCUCCCAAUUCAAGACGAAAGCCGAGCGCGAUACAUACCUGAAGAAGGAGCUGAAAACGUUACGAGAGUCAAAGAGCUCUCAAGAACAGCAGAUUACCGACCUUAAAGCGCAAAUCGAAAGCCAUCGGGAAGAGGAGAUUUCCUUGGACAACAAAAUCGAACAAGCAAAGGGCCGCGCUGAGGAGCGCAAAGCGAAACUCGGGGAGCUGGAAGAGCGCGACAGGGAGGUGCGUAGGGAACGCAACGCGCUGGACGAAAGCAGGAAGGAGCUCUGGAGAGCCGAGAGCCGAUCCAGCGUCGCCGCUCAGACCUCCAAAGAGGAGGCGGAUCAAUGCGAGAGGGGCUUGUACACCAUGAUGGACCGUGUGACCGCCGAGGGGUUGCGUUCUGUCCAGCGGAUCGUCACACGGGAGAAGCUUCGCGGCGUGUAUGGACCCCUGCACGAGUUGUUUGAGGUCGACAAGACGUUUCAGGCAGCGGUGGAGGUCAUCGCCGGUGGAAGCCUGUGGCAUGUCGUGGUGGACAAUGACGAGACGGCAUCGACGAUCUUGCGCCAUAUGGCCCGCGAACGAGGAAGGGUGACCUUCAUGCCGUUGAACCGUUUGCACCCGAAGAACGUCAACUACCCGCAGAGUAACGAUGCCGUGGUCAUGAUCAACAAGCUACGGUUUGACGAGCGGUAUCGUCCGGCGUUCGCGCAGGUCUUUGGCAAGGCGCUUAUCUGCCCGAACUUGGAGGUUGCUAGCGGGUACUCUAAAUCGCAGAACUUGGACGCGGUGACCCUGCAUGGCGAUCGGAUUGAGCGGAAGGGUGCCAUCACGGGAGGGUUCCACGACAAUCGCAAAUCGAAGCUGGAAACCAUUGCAAAACUCAAGGAGUUUCGAAAGACCCAGGAAACGGAGGAAGCGGAAUCGGCCCGUCUCAAAAAUGAGAUCACCCGCGUUGACCAGGAAAUCACAAAAUGCCGCGGAAACCUCGCUGAGCUUGACGCCGAGCGUCGGAAGUUGGCUUCCGCUGUGGUUGGAGCUGGGGAAGUGGAGCUUAUAACGAGGGAGAAGGAGACGCUGGGCAACAUCAUCAGCAGGAAGGAGCUGUCGAUGGCGAAUUUGAAGUCGGGCAUUAGGAACAUUGAGGCGCAGAUAACCGCAUUCACGCAGGAGCUCUCUAGUCCUUUUUCGAGAGCUUUGAAUGACCAGGAGUUGGAGAGGUUGGAGGCGUUGGGUGAGGAGCUCGUCACGUUGGAGGAACAGCUGGGCGAGACCUCGAAGCGUAGGGCGAAGCUGGAAUCACGCAAGAAAAUCCUCGAAUUCGAACUCUCCCAGAACCUCCUUCGACGAGAAGCCGACAUACGGCUGGAACUCGAGAACCUCGGCGUGGCGGAGGUUUCAUCGUCGAGCGCCGGCAGUGAUGCGAUCAUCGAAGGCCGCAAGGCUGAACUGGCAGGCGUGGAGGCCAACAUUAUUCGAUGCUCUGAUCGGAUUGCCGAGAUUGAUGCUGAGCUGGAGGAAAGGACCUUGGAGUUGCGGAAGGGAGUGGAGAGUUUGGAGAACGCUAGGAAUGAACAACAAUCGGCUUUGAAGACGCUUGAGAAGCAUAGACUUGUAUUGGAGAAGUACGUCAGUAAGAAGACGUCUCUGAUGCAACGAAAGGAGGAAUGCAUGAGGAGCAUCCGCGAACUGGGAGUGUUGCCUGACGACGCCUGGGAGCGAUUCGAGGGAUUCAAUGGCAACAAGCUGCUAAAGCGCCUGCACUCAGUUAACGAAAAGCUCAAAAAGUACUCCCACGUCAACAAAAAAGCGUUCGAGCAGUACGUCAACUUUACGAAGCAACGCGACUCGCUCGAAAAGCGGAAGGAUGAACUCGACAGCUCUGCGGGAGCCAUCGAGGAGCUUAUCAGUAACCUCGACCAGAGGAAAGACGAGGCUAUUCAGAGGACUUUCACGCAGGUCGCGGCGUUCUUUAAGGAUGUGUGGUCGAAACUUGUGCCCGGUGGGAAUGGGGAGUUGAUUAUGUUGAGGCGGGCUGACGGGAGCUCUCAAACCCAAGAUGAAGCUCCUUCAGAAGAGGAGGAAGAGGAGGAGGAGGAGGGAGAUGACGCCAGCGACGACGAUGAGGAAGAAACGUCAAAACGUGGUCACAAGUCCAAAGGAAAAACGAAAGCGAAGGGGAAGAAACCAGUUAAAUCCAGCAAAGCAAAAGGCAAAAAGGCAGCAAAGAACGACAGGCUCCGCAGCACCAUCGAUCAAUACACCGGUGUCUCCAUCUCGCUGACGUUCGAACCCUCGCAACAUCCUCUGCGCAUGCCGCAGCUGUCCGGCGGGCAGAAAUCAUUGGUGGCUUUGGCGCUCAUCUUUGCGAUCCAGAGAUGUGACCCGGCACCGUUCUAUCUGUUUGAUGAGAUUGAUGCUGCCCUGGAUGCGCAGUACCGAACAGCUGUUGCAGCAAUGAUCCACGCCCUCUCCCCCAACGCGCAAUUCAUUACAACAACCUUCCGCCCCGAGCUCCUCGUCAACGCGGAGAAGUUCUACGGCGUGACGUUCGUCAACAAAGUCAGUCGGAUCCAGUCCAUUACCCGGGACGACGCCAAGCGGUUCGUCGAGGAGACCGCUAACCCCAAUGCUAACACAACGGCUGAUGAGGUGGCGAGACCUGUUACCGCUACGACCUCGGCCAAGAGGAAGAGGGCGGUGGCUGCUGUGCCUGUCCGCCGGGAAGUUCAGGAGGAAGAGCCGGCAGAAGACGAAGAGGAGGAGGUUGAGGACGAGGACGAGGUUGUGGAGGAAGGUGGGGACGAAGAGGAUGCGAUGGUCUCGGAGUCGGUUGUGGGUGGGUUGGUGGGAUAGGGUCGAAAAGCGGGAAUUGUAAUCAUCCGCUGUAGGUUAGCCCAGCGCCAGAAAACUGGCCUGACAUCCUUCGUUAGAUCUGUUCCAGACGCCUUGGCCCGUAAGCCUCUGGCCUUUUUCUUUUGUUUCCUGCCCACCUUAGGUGCGAGGGGUGGUGAGUUGUACAUAGUUUUCUUCUUACAUUAUUCACUUUAUCGCUGCUCCAAUAAAUGUCCACACCCCGCCUUGUGGGUCCGCCGCG